UCUCGUUACCUCCCUAGUUUCUGUUGGCUUUAUAAGCAUUCAGUUUGAGUUCCCCCAGUGUUGAAUCUUAAAGUUAUUUUGGUGUUGUUUCUCGUGUUCCUGAACUUAUUUGUAUGAUUAAAGAUUUGAAUUCAUCAAUCCUGCGUCUCCUCGUACUCCUUGGAGGGCACUACACAUAACAGAAGACUCGACCCACACCGAUUAUGCUGACGGCUGAGGACCAGUUGUGGGGUUUGCGGCAGGCUGGCCGGAAGCUGGAGCGAUAUGUGGAUGAGUUUAUCGAGCUUGUUCCCCUUCUGAACUGGCCGGACGCCUCCUUAGGUGCGUGUUUUCAGCUGGGGCUGGACAGCGAGACCAUCAGAUUCGUAGAAAAAGAAGUCCAAUCUCGCUGCCCAGUCUCCGCUGAAACACGUCACAUCACGCCAGCUCACCACACCUCCACAUACCACUCCAACAGUCCGAACCACCUGACCAGCCCCAACCAUCUGCAUCCCAUCUACAGCUCCAUGGUGUUCCUCAGCCCAGCACCGUCCGCGGCUCCCCCAAGACUGCCUUCCGCUAAGAAGUUCCCGCCGCCAGUCGCGGCCACCGCAAACCUGCCGCCGUUCGCGGCCCUCGCAAGCCCGCCGCCAAAGAGUAUGGCAAGCCGCCAACAAAGAAUAAGGCAAGCCCGGCUUCCACGGAUAAGUUCCCGCCGCCGUUCGCGGCCACCGCUAGCCCGCCGACAGCGAAUGUGGCUAGCCUGCCUCCCACAAAGAGUUUCUGUUGGCUUUAUAAGCAUUCAGUUUGAGUUCCCCAGUUUCGAGUCUUAA